AAUCGACCAAAUACUAGCAAAGUGUCUAAUUUGCAAUAAUUGUAAAUACACUUUUCUUUUAUACUCCUAUUUGAUAAUUUAUUUACUUUUCCCUUCCUUAUUCCAAGCACAUUUUUUUUUUUUGGUAUAAAUAAAUAGGGUGGAUUCACGUGUCAAACAGUACAUGGUCAUCUCACUUCCAAACUUGUGUAGUGUUGGCUAUUCAGUUGGGAAAGGACAAAUAGCAGUAUCCCAUAAUAUCUUCUCUUCACUGUUUCCUCCAAACUUCUCUCCAGCUUUCUAUCUAAACUAAAAAAAGGUUUCUCCUUUAGCCACUGCUCUUUCAGGCACUUUGCAAACAUGGAAAAGAAGCAUCUCUGUGCUGCUCUUCUUUUAUUGGCCAUUGCUUGCUCUGUGCUUCCUGCUUCCUCUGAUAAUUUGCUUAGAAUUGGUUUGAAGAAGCACCACGUGGACGUUAAUAGCAUAAAUGCUGCAAGAGUGGCUAGACUACAAGAUCGAUAUGGGAAGCAUCUGAAUGGCUUAGAAAAGAAAUCGGAUGGCUCAGAUGUGGACAUCGUCCCCUUAAAGAACUACUUGGAUGCCCAAUACUAUGGGGAGAUUGGUAUUGGUUCACCUCCUCAGAAAUUCAAAGUUAUCUUUGAUACGGGGAGUUCUAACCUCUGGGUUCCAUCAUCAAGAUGCUAUUUCUCUAUUGCAUGCUGGUUUCACCACAAGUAUAAAGCGGGCAAGUCCAGCACAUAUACAAGAAAUGGGAAAUCUUGUUCAAUCCGUUAUGGAACUGGAUCAAUCUCUGGCCAUUUCAGUCAAGACAAUGUUCAAGUUGGUGAUCUUGUAGUUAAAGAUCAGGUGUUUAUUGAGGCGACACGAGAACCAAGUAUUACAUUUAUAAUUGGGAAGUUUGAUGGUAUACUAGGGCUUGGUUUCCAAGAAAUUUCUGUUGGAAAUGCUACACCUGUUUGGUACAAUAUGGUAGACCAAGGUCUUGUUAAAGAGCCUGUCUUCUCUUUCUGGUUUAACCGUGAUGCAAGUACAAAAGAGGGAGGUGAACUUGUUUUUGGUGGAGUUGAUCCAAAGCACUUCAAGGGUAAUCAUACUUAUGUUCCUUUGACUCAGAAGGGCUACUGGCAGUUUAAUAUGGGAGAUUUCCUUAUCGGGAACACAUCAACAGGUUAUUGUGCAGGUGGUUGUGCUGCUAUUGUGGAUUCUGGAACAUCACUUCUUGCUGGUCCAACAACUAUCGUGACACAACUCAACCAUGCAAUUGGAGCAGAAGGAGUAGUUAGCGCGGAAUGUAAAACUAUUGUUUCACAGUACGGAGAAGUGCUCUGGGAUUUACUAGUAUCAGGGGUGAGACCUGAUCAAGUUUGUUCACAAGCAGGUUUAUGUUUUUUUAAUGGAGCUGAGCAUGUGAGCUCUAAUAUCAGAACUGUAGUUGAAAGGGAAAACGAAGGAAGUUCUGUUGGUGAAGCACCAUUGUGCACUGUCUGUGAGAUGGCAGUUGUUUGGAUUCAAAACCAGCUCAAACAGCAGGGAACAAAAGAGAGAGUACUGGAGUAUGUGGAUCAGCUUUGUGAGAAAUUACCAAGUCCAAUGGGAGAAUCUGUAGUCGACUGCAACAGCAUCUCAUCUCUGCCAAAUAUUACAUUCACCAUCAAAGAUAAAGCUUUUGUGCUCACUCCAGAACAGUACAUUCUUAAAACUGGAGAAGGAAUUGCUUCAAUUUGUAUCAGUGGAUUUGCUGCUUUCGAUGUACCACCACCUCGCGGUCCUCUUUGGAUUCUUGGAGAUGUAUUCAUGGGGCCAUAUCACACUGUGUUUGACUAUGGUAACUCCCAAGUGGGUUUUGCUGAAGCCGCGUAAUAGCCUUUCUUUGUAAUUAUAUGCCACUAGUUAUUUCGUAGAAUGGUAGAAGUAUUGUAAAGAGAUGAUUGAUACUGCUAUGUUAUUGUGUUGUAUCUGACUAUAAUAUGGCAUACUAGUCGUCUUUUUCUCGACUACUUCGAAUGCAACUUCUUAUUAAA